UGGUAGAGUUAAUUUUAUUUAAGAGAAGAGUUCGUAAAUAUUUAGUAGAGGGAAAGGGUAGCUUCUUGGAAUCCACGAAAUAAGUUGGAGCAAAAUAAAUAUUAAGAGGAAAAGGAAAAAGCAUCUAACGUCUAAACAAAACAAAAAAGAAGAGAAAAAGAACAAAGGAAGCAAGAAGAAAGAGAGGAAGGAGCUCGAAAGAAGAAGGGGGUGGGAGAAGGAAAGUCAACCACCCGUCGCUGAAAAUUGGUUGGGAAAGUGAAAACUAACGCCGUAGUCGGUUUGAAGAAGCUUUUACAGAGGGAUCCAACUUGGUUGGACUGAAAUUUGAAUCUCUUUUCAACCGAGGAGUUAUCGCCAGCAUAAUUUUAAGCCUAAUUAUUUGGAAUUUGCUGGCGAUUUUUGGUGGUAAUUCCUUUCUACUGCUUUGGAAGUCUUCCAUCGGUAAAUUACCAACGUUUUUGCUAGGAAGACUCUGGCUUCAUCUUCCAGCAAGUUCAUAUCGAACUUUAGGCUAUUCCUUUUUACAAGGAAGCAGAGAAUUUAUGUUAGUUGGAGUGUAACAGGUUCGUGAUUGGCAGCUACAAUGUUUGGCCGACGGUCUACUUCUCAUCACGAGGAAGAGAAAAAUCCAGAACAGAUCACAUCGAAGGUCAAUGAGCUAAAGGCUAAGUUAGGACCCAUAGUUGGGCGCAAUGCGAUAUAUUGCAGUGAUGCAUGUUUGAAAAGAUAUCUAGUGGCCAGGAAUUGGAAUGUAGACAAAGCAAAGAAAAUGCUGGAAGAGACGUUCAAAUGGAGAUCUAUUUAUAAGCCUGAAGAAAUUCGUUGGCCUGAAAUAGCAUUUGAAAGUGAGACCGGAAAACUUUACCGAGCAAGUUUUCACGACCGAGAAGGAAGAACUGUUCUUAUAAUGAAGCCAGGAAAGCAGAACACAACAUCAUUAGAGAAUCAGAUUCGGCAUUUGGUCUAUCUUAUGGAGAAUGCUCUUCUUAACCUUCCUGAAGGUCAGGAGCAGAUGUCAUGGCUGAUUGAUUUUAAUGGUUGGUCUCUUAGCACCAGUGUGCCAAUCAAAUCUGCACGGGAGACCGUUAACAUCUUGCAGAACCACUAUCCAGAGAGAUUAGCCCUAGCGUUUCUAUAUAAUCCCCCAAGGAUAUUUGAAGCAUUCUGGAAGGUAGUCAAGUACCUUUUAGAUCCGAAGACAUUUCAGAAAGUGAGAUUUGUUUAUCCUAAGAAGCAAGAGAGUGUGGAACUCAUGAAGUCAUAUUUUGAUGAGGAGAAUCUUCCAUCAGAGUUUGGAGGAAAAGCCCAACUGGAAUAUGUUCAUGAGGAGUUCUCUACAUUAAUGAUUCAAGAUGAUAUUAAAUGUGCUGCCUUCUGGGAGCAGGGUGAAAAGCAACACCAUAUUGUCAAUGGCUACUCAAGUGCAGUGGUGGCUCCAGAAUGAGUGUACUUUUUGGCAACAUAUCAGUUACAGGGAUUGCCACUUGUAUUUGCGGCUGACACCCUUAAAAUGUGUUUCAUUUAUGAACUUUUCAUGGUCUACAGAAGAUAUAGAGCAAAAAGGUUUGAUGUAAGCCCUUAAUUUCACUGAUCUUGCGUAAUUACACAUGAUGGAGAGAUUCUGUUCUAAUUGGUAAUUGUAAGUUUGUAACUUUGGUUAGGAGACUUUGAAUUAUGCUGUAAAAGAUUGGUCGAUCCAAUCGACUUAUAGAGAUCCAACUAUCCAAAAAAUAAUCUUCAUUUCUGUUACA